AUGAUAUUAGUUGAAAUUAAAUAAGUUCUUUUAAUAGAUGAAGUUGAUGUUUUCUUUAGUAAAGAUUUUUUUGGAAACAACUAUGAAAUUGUAGCACCAAUCUAAGAUGUAACAAUUGAAAACCUGCUAGAUAAAAUUUGGAGCAAUAAAUCUGAUUGGAAUUUUAGCUUUGAAAAUAUUUCUCAAUCUGAGGAGUAUAAAUAGUGCAUAGAAAAAUUCAAAUAAUAGGCUGAAUUAAUAAAAGAAUAAACAAAAAUAGUUAUUCAUGAUUUUAAAAAUUUCAACAACAUAAUUGUUGAAAAUUAUAAAAUUCAAAAUGACAAAAUAAACUAUAAAAACUAAGAUUAGUAUUUAAAUAAUAUAUCAUAUGGAUAUAGAACUUUAUACACCUACUAUCUUGAAAAUUAGAAUUCAAGAAUUUCAAAUUUUAGCUUAAAGCAAUAAAAAGUAUUUAAAAUUAACUGCGGUAGCUUUAGCUAUUCAGAGUUACCUAAAAAGUUUUUCAUAAUCAAAGGUGUAACUGGAACUUUAGAAACUUUAAGUGGAAAACAAUUAGAAUUAAUUCAAUAAAAUUAUAAAAUGAAUUAAUAUACUUUGAUCCCUUCAGUGUAUGGAAAAAGUAAGUUUUCAUUUAAUGAACAAAAAGAUAUUAAAGCAGUUCCUUUAGAAGAGUAUUAUAAUGCUAUUACAGAUGAGAUAAAUAAAAACUUAGUUGGAAAAAAUAAUGCAAAAAGGGCUGUUCUUGUCUUCUUUUCUACUAAAGAGUCUUUAUUUGAGUACUACAAUAGCUAAUAAUUUAUAGUCUUAAAGUAAAAUUAGUAAACUUAAAUUAUGACAGAAGAAAAUUCUAUUGAAGAAAGAAUGAAAAUUGUAUAUGAUUCAACCUGUUCUGCGGUAAUUACUUUAAUGACUAGGAUAUUUGGUAGAGGUAUAGAUUUUAAAGUCAACGACAUCACCAUAUUUUAAAAUUAUGGAGUUCAUGUAAUCCAAACUUUCUUUUCUGAAGAUAAGUCUGAAGAGACAUAGAUAAAGGGAAGAACAGCUAGAUAAGGCGAAGACGGCACUUAUAGCAUAGUCCUUUAAAAAGAUACUCUUUAAGCUUUCCUUAAAAAUGACAAAGACACAAUGUAAAUAAAUAAACGAGAUUAGAUAUAUGAAGUUCUUGAUAAAAAUCGUGAGAUUAACUUCGAAAAUGACUUCAACAGUAAUUUGGAAUAUUUAACAACUUCAAUUAAGAGUCACAAAUAAUCAGAAAUAUUUUUAAAUUAUUUGAAAGAUCGUAAUUUAAAACAAAUAAGUAAUCAUUUAUUGUAGCUAAAUUAAGGCCCAAAAGAAAAAAGAAAUUCUAAAACUCUUAUUGCAUUAGAUGUAACAGGCUCAAUGGGUAAUCUCAUAACUUAAACUAAAAAUACUAUCUAAACAACCUUUGAAUAAGCAAGGGAUAUCUUAAAAUAAAAAGGUUAUGAUCCUUAAUGCUUUUAAAUAAUGAUAUGCUGCUUUAGAAGUUAUAAUAGUAAAUUUGAGGAGAUAUUAGAAGCUUCAAGUUGGGAAAAUAACCCUGAUAAAUUAAGAUCUUACCUAUAAAAAAUUACAGCUUCUGGUGGUACGUAUCCUGGAGAGUCUGUAGAAGUAGGUUUGUGGUGGGCUAAUAAAUAAAGUGAUGAAAAUCCAAUAGGUUAAGUUAUAGUUUUAGGUGAUUAGCCUGCACAUCUGUAGUAAGAAGCUUAGUCACAUAGAUAAUAACUUGGAUAACUUUAUUGGGAUUCUACUCCUUUAAAAGGUUUAACUUAUUAUGUUCCAGAGUGUUAUAAACUUUAAAGCAAAAAUGUCCCAGUAAAUACUUUUUAUCUAAAUUAAUCUGCAAAAUAAACUUAUGAAGAGAUUGCAAGUCUAACAAAAGGUAUAAGUCAGUUUCUUGAUAUAAAUUCAGCUUAAAGUUCCAAAGAAUUAAAAAAUGCUUUUGUUGAAUAAAUUUUAAAAGAUAUAGGAAAAGAAGAUGGUCGCAGUAAUGAAUUAAUUUAAGCAUACAAAGAAAAAUACUCUUGA